AUGACAGAGUUUUGUAAAAGUUAUAUACAAGUGAACAUAUUCGGUAAAACUCUCCAACAGUUGCGUGACAACAACACGGAUUUGCACAAAAUAUUGGUGAGUUUUGAAAAAACCCCCCAAUUUGUGUCGCAUUUUUCGAGAAAUCAGGCUGCUUCCAGAUGAAUAUUGGCUGUGAUCAAAUAUGGUUGGGUGAUAUGCCGUUGUAUUUACAAAGUUCUGGAAAAACUUAUGGAGAUGUGACCUCUAUUCUAAAUACAUCUUUGUCUGAUGAUAGUUCACCUAAACAUUCGACUCCACAAACAUCGAGAGUUCCACCACCAAAUUUAUCUUCUAUUAUCACCAAAAUACUAUCAAAAAUAGGUCAUAGUAGUGAUGAUCUGGAUAUUCAACCCAAGGUUUUUAAACUUGUCGCAAAUCUUCUCAAAUCGGUUGUUGAUAUCAUUUGUGAAACUGAAACUCAAGCGAUUUUUGAUUCUUUCCAAUCCGCUUCUUCCAGUGAACAAAUGUAAGAUUUGGAGUCUAAAUAUAGUCAUAAAUUUAUUCUAUUUAUUUCCAGAUGUUCCAAUAAUAUCACACAAAUCAACAUCGAGAAGGAUUUCGAACUGGAUACUCUAAUUCUAAGUACAACAAUAAAUCAAGAUCAGAAAUUUCCAAGAUGCUCGACACCACGAGAUUCGAGAAUUGGAAGAAUUUUAACACUUGGAGCAUCGCUGUCGAAAAUUGCAUCGGAAACUUCGACUGAAGAAUUUCUUGAAAUAACUGGAUCAAUAAACCAAUCAAUGGAAAUAAUAAUGGAAAAUAAUGAGGAGACUGAAGUUAUGCCAAUUUCUGAUAGUUUUGAUAUUCAAAACAAGGAUAUUGAUGUUGUAUCAGAUGGAAUUGAGAAUGAUUUAUCGAAUUUCGAAGAUUGUGGAAAUGCUUCAUUCCAAGUUGCUUCUUCCAAUCAACAAGAUUUAGAAUGUAUAUCAAAUCUUCUCAAAUCUGUUGUUGAUAUUAUUUGUGAAACUGAAACCGAGUGUGAUUUUUCGAUUCUUGAAGAUUGUCAGAAUCUUACAUUUGCUUCUGUUUCUUCUGAUUUCAAUUCGUGAGUUUUUUUAUACUCAAUUUUUAGUAAUUUAAAAAUUUACAGCAAUGCUAAAUCUUCUGAAGAACUUCCAAUGUUUUAUGGACCACAUCCUGCUAUUAGACAUUCUGAAAUUGAAACAAAACCAACAGGAAAUAUAGUUGAGACAAAACCAAGAAUUUUGACGAAUCAAAGUGUUCAAAAUUUGAAAAUUCCGGAAAAAUCAAUUGAAAAUGAAAAUGAAAAAGAAAGAAAACCAUUGAAAAGAACAAUAUCUGAAAUUCGAAGAAAUCGAAGAAAAGCAAUGAAAUUAUUGAGAAAUAAUACUGUUGUUCCAAAUUUUGAUGAACGACAAUAUUCAAAUCAAUUUGAGAGCAAAAUCUCAAUUCCACGUGUAAAAUCUAGAAUUUCUGAAAUGGAUUAUGAUAAUUUAUCAUAUCAAAGUAUUCCCGAACAGAUUGAAAAUCAAAAUUCAACACAAUUUCCGAUAUUUGAUGAUUCUGAACGAGUUUUCACAGAUUUGACACCAUUUACAUCGGAUGGAGAACAAUAUUGUGAAAUUGAACAAGAUUUCUUUGAAAUGGCUGAAAAUCGAUUGAAUUCUGAAAGAACAAAUCAAAAUGAGGAUAGUUUGAUGUAUAAUAAUAAUAAUAAUGAAGAUGAAGAUGGAAAUGAACAAGAAAGUUGGGUUGAUCAAAAUAUUGAAUUAGAUUUGGAUGAAGAAGAAGAAGAAGACGACAGAGGUGGAAAUGAGGAAGAAGAUGGUCAAAAUGACAGUCUUCUCAGUGCGGCUGUCAAUGAUUUAUCUGAAAAUGAAGAGGAAGAGGAAGAGCAAAAAGUUAAAACAUCAAGAAAAAAAGAUCUGUCAAAGUUCACUUCAUCUCAUAAAAUGCGAAUUUGAGGUAACUAUUAGAGAUGUCCAUCUUUUAUGAAAUCAUUUUGUUGUUUUUUAGGGUUGCAAAGCAAAAUACAAAUGGAGACCGAAAUAUGGAAAAUUACGCCUGUUGGAUCAUUCAAUCAAACAUUGUCCAACAGAUGAAUAUGAUUGUAAUUUUUGUGAUUUCAAAUCUGAUUCAAUUCGAGCAAUUCGAGCUCAUGAAAAUGUGAAACAUGUUGAUAAAGGAAAAAUGAAUGUGAAAGAGGUUCUCAAGUCAAAAAUCAGUCACGAAGAGUUGAAAAUCAUUUGGGAAAAAUGUUAUAAAGGUAUCAAUAAUUCGUUUUCCCAUUUUCCAUUAGCAAAUUUAUUUUUUUUUCCAGAAAAUCUUCAUCUUGUUGGAAAACCUAAUAAUUAUUCUUGUUAA